GUAUCAUCGGGAAGGUCGUGAGCACGUUGAUGAUCUCAGUGGAUGGACGUCCAGGGUCCGAUAGCCAACUGCCGCGCAGACACUCGUGAAUGAGAGCUGAGUCUCGUGUGAACACCUGAGACUGUUUGGUGGCCCUCCGAUCAGUGGGGGUCAAUUGGUCAACUGUCUUUGAUUUUGUUUGGGAAUGGCUGAGUUGGGGGGCAACAUGGAGAAACCUGACGAUUUUGACAAUCUACAUUAUCUGCCUAUCUGCAUGUGCGCCGCUUUGCCGAGCGUCUUCAUCAUUUCGUACAUAAUAGCAGUUUCCCUUGGACACGUGGUAGCAGGCUUCCCCUACAUUUCAGACACGGGAACUGUCCCCCCGGAAAGUUGUAUUUUCGGACAACUACUGAACAUGACAGCGGUCCUACUGGCCCUCGUGGUGUACAUCCGACACGCUCAACUGAAGGAGCUGCUGGUGUCGUCUCAAAUGCCCCAUUACUGGCAGAGGUUGAAUAGAGUCGCAUUUGCAGUUGGACUUAUAUCGACACUGGGCAUCUCAGUGGUCGCUAAUUUCCAGGAAACCUCGGUCCUCAGUGUUCACCUCAUCGGGGCCAUCGCGGCUUUCGGGGGAGGCACAGUCUAUAUUUGGCUGCAGGCAAUUAUUUCUUACAAAAUGCAACCUCUCGGCCCCGCUCCACUCGUCAUAAACCUGCGAUUAGCCCUGUGCAUGAUGUCUACGGUAUUGUUCUUCGCAACAUUCAUCGCUGCUGCAUUCUCGGCCAAGGCCUUCCACGUGGCCCUCGUGGUGUACAUCCGACACGCUCAACUGAAGGAGCUGCUGGUGUCGUCUCAAAUGCCCCAUUACUGGCAGAGGUUGAAUAGAGUCGCAUUUGCAGUUGGACUUAUAUCGACACUGGGCAUCUCAGUGGUCGCUAAUUUCCAGGAAACCUCGGUCCUCAGUGUUCACCUCAUCGGGGCCAUCGCGGCUUUCGGGGGAGGCACAGUCUAUAUUUGGCUGCAGGCAAUUAUUUCUUACAAAAUGCAACCUCUCGGCCCCGCUCCACUCGUCAUAAACCUGCGAUUAGCCCUGUGCAUGAUGUCUACGGUAUUGUUCUUCGCAACAUUCAUCGCUGCUGCAUUCUCGGCCAAGGCCUUCCACGGUGAAGAUGUGCGGAAGUGGCGGCCGGAGGACGGCGGGUGGGGAUUGCAUCUCUUCAGUAGUAUCUGCGAGUGGGCGUGUGCAAUCGUUGUCUGCAUUUAUAUAUUAACAUUUACCAACGAGUUCCGGGAGAUUCAGAUGAGCUGUCCGAAGAUAACCUUCAAGACGGACUACUCCCGGAAGACGUACCCCCUCUUCACGACCCUCUCGACCCCAACGAGUCCCUCUCACAGUCCCUGAUCCCCCCCAGGACGUACUGGUUACG